GCCGCCGCCGCCCAGCUGUUUGUGAAGGGAUGAGUGCGGUGGAAAACCCGGCACUCAGACCUGGUCUCCAGGGCGGAAACGUCAUAUUGAGCUCUAUAAAUAAGGCGGAGGCGGAGCUGGACAGGAAAACAAAUGUACAAUUUACUUCCUGCCGCUGCUUUAUGGCGCUAUGUUUAGAAAGGCAUUUCCUAUUGUUUUCCAAGAUGAGUGCGGCGAGCUGGUCCCCCUGGCACGGCGGCCUGCCCCGGGGCCGCCGUCCGUCCGGGGGUCGCGCCGUUCCCACGUCGCCCCGUCCGGCGGCCAUGACGCGCCGAGCCCAGGCGGCCUGAACCCUCCGGUCCAGCGGACGGCUGCGGGGUCGCAGUCCAGCGCCCGCGCCCCGCCUCCGGCUGCGGGGUUGCAGUCCAGCGCCCCGCCUCCGGCUGCGGGGUCGCAGUCCAGCGCCCCGCCUCCGGCAGUGGGGUCGCAGUCCAGCGCCCGCGCCCCGCCUCCGGCUGCGGGGUCGCAGUCCAGCGCCCCGCCUCCGGCAGCGGGGUCGCAGUCCAGCGCCCGCGCCCCGCCUCCGGCAGCGGGGUCGCAGUCCAGCGCCCCGCCUCCGGCAGCGGGGUCGCAGUCCAGCGCCCCGCCUCCGGCAGCGGGGUCGCAGUCCAGCGCCCCGCCUCCGGCAGCGGGGUCGCAGUCCAGCGCCCGCGCCCCGCCUCCGGCAGCGGGGUCGCAGUCCAGCGCCCGCGCCCCGCCUCAGGCAGCGGGGUCGCAGUCCAGCGGGCAGAAGAAUAAAGACAGACAAACAGUGUGUCGUCCUCACGGCGUAUUGACGACUCUACACAGCAAACACAUAACACUCGGAGUGUUCUGAACUCUGCUAAUCCCAACAACAUGACCUUUAACCUCUGACCUGCUGAGGAUCUGACUUGGGAUCAGCUCCAUCAGUCCAGACUGUGGUCCUCUGGUAGAUCUAGUCCAGCAGCAGCACCAGGAGCCGGACCGGCAGGGUUCUGUCCUCAGCCUGUGUGUCUGUACUGCUGCAGGGAGGAGCAGGGUUCUUCCAGAGGUCAGAGGUCAUUCAUUCCUCAGUGACGGAAGGAAACGUUCAGUCUGCAGUAAAUCGUCCAGGCUGGAGGUGGUAUUCUUCUGAGUUCAGCCUGGUGAGGCAGGCUAGCAGGUUCCUGACAGGCUAGCAGGCUAAUAGCCUUUAGCGUCACUGUGAGUUCAGGUGUGUUUCUUCCUGUAGAUGUGUCUGCGGGUGUGAUGAUGAGUCCCCCGAUGUCCACGGUAACGCCGCUUGUUUCAUUCAUAUAACAGCAGAGCGGGAGGCUGUAUGCGGUCUGUCCUCUAUGUCCACAGUGUCUGCUGUUCGCAGGUCCGUGUGGUGUCCGGUUUGUGCGUUAAGUGUCACAGUGUCUGUAUACGGCCCGUAUGUCUGCUCGAACUCUGGUUUAUUCCGUCUGAUUGUCAAAAGUAAUCCCGCUCAGCAAUCCGUGAUUUUAUCAGAUAUACCUGGAACCAGAUUACAUGUUUUUAAUGUACUGUAACAGAUUACAGUUACGGGGCUGCGGUGAAAGCAGCUGUUGUUCGAGCUGAGGCCGAGUUCCAGCUCAGGACUUCCUGUUUCCUCGCCUGCAGGAAUUCAUAGUGUUCAGAUAAACGUCUCCGUUUCAUUCAGGACAUCGUUGACUUUUGACCUUUGGGCCCGUCCUGAGCUGCUAGCGCUGGUUUUCCUGGAUGACUGACCGUCCAGUGUGAGUGAAUAAACCCGAGCCAGUAGAGUCGCGCCGAUCCGGCGUCGGUGACUAAACGGCUGUCCGGAGGAAACGGUGGAAACGCGUGACGCUGAUUUCUGGUUCUCUGCCGGGAACGGGAUGACUCGGACGGAGACGGAGACGCUGACGCUCUGCGGCUCCUGACCGGGGCGACAUGCUUUCAUCUGGUUUGUUUUUCCU